UCUAUGGCAGUGUCAAGAAGAUAUGUUUUCGUCGUUUAGAAGAUGAGAAUUACUAUUUGGGUGAUUCCUUUGGUAAGUACCUCUUUUUAUCGCGAUCUAAGCGGUGUCUCUUUUGAUGUCAUUUUAAACCGAUAGUGUAGUCUCAAAAUACCGGUUUGCGAUUGGUUGAAUAUUUCCUGGUUCUUGCGUAAGAAACCCAAAAUUCAAAAGUUUGUUCAAAAUAAGGGCAGAAGAGUUAACAAAAAUGUUUUUUGGCAGACAAAGCUAAACUAAGCCGGUAUAAGGCAACAAUCACUUUACCGUAAAUUAACGAUAGAAUUAGUUUUACUUGUACAGCCGUUUCCUGUUGUUUUUACGGUUUGUUUACAUCAAAAUCUUUUGCUGUGCACGCGACAAUCACGAUUUUUGGAAAAACGUUUUGAGCUUAACAUGAUCUUGAACAAGUUUAUUUUGAUCAUCUUUUUUCCUUUUUUCGACGACUGAAACUCGAAAGUUUUUCAGAAACAUGCCCAUCAUAGGUUACGUUUAAAGCGACAAAAUUCCGUAUCAGUUUGAUAUUUUCUCGCAACUGUCACUGAACCGUGAGACCCACAGUUGACUCCCGAUAACUCGAACCUCGCGCUAACUCGAACCAAAGUCGAUUUCCCCUGGAUUUCCUUAUUACAUUUACUGUAAUCUUACCCUCGAUAACUCGAACCUCCCACUAACUCGAAGUAAUUUUUGUUUCCCUUCAGAUCAUUUCUAUACAAUUUUCCCCUCGAUAACUCGAACCAUGUUAUAAGCGCGUGACAGGUCGGGAGACAAAACUGUGUACUGAAGUCCGAAACAUUGAAUUUAUUGAGUCGAUUCUUUGUCUUUACCUUUUUGUCACUCCAGUUCAAAUUCAGUGUCCAUUCCUGUAUACUUUGUUGCUUAAUUGCAUUGCCUCCCCAUCCAUUUGCUUAUUUCCCGACUGUCUUAGGCCCGGUUCAGACGCCGCUCCACUCAUGUGCCGAACCUAACUGAUGAAUUAAGUACGGCAAAAGAGCGGCGUCUGCAUCAAUUUGGUACGGCAGUUUUAGUUUGGUGCGGCAAAAGCGUUAAGUUCGACAGAGUCUGUCGAACUUUUGUCGAACUUAACUUAGGUUCGACACACGGUACGCCGUCUGAAUCAGAUGUCGCGCCAGUGUCGCUCCAAAGUCGAACUUAUUCAGUUAGGUUCGGCACAUGAAAAGUACGGCGUCUGAACCAGGCCUUAUUUCCUUACUUCCUGGAGGCUCGAUUACCAGCCGCUGUUCGGGAAAAUGAGCCCGCACUCCUACCGGACCCAGGAGACGGCGGAAAUCGAGCCUAUACUUCCGGUUAUUUGCUUCAAACUCCCGAUAACUCGAACUUUUUUCGAUUUCCCUUGAAGGUUCGAGUUAUCGGGAGUCAACUGUAAAUUAUAAAGCCUUGAUGUGGUCUAAAAAUAGAAUUAAGUAUAAGCUCAUAAUUAAAAGAAAUCAAGCGUCAAUCGAACAAACUUUCCUGUUGUUACCUUAUAAAUAGGCGAGAAGCACCAAAUUGAACACACGUACCCGAAAGUCAUAUUUUACUGUCUGUACAAUCGUUUAGGAACAUGGAUAGGCUUGUACAAUAUUUUUGACUUGUCGGAGAAUGGGCCCAAGUAUUCAUGAUGAGUUUUUGGUCACCUCUUGUCACCUCUUGUGAUAAACGGUUAGGUUCUAUUUGGGGUUAGUGUUGUUGCUAUGUAUCUUCAAAUCAAACCAUUAAUCGUCAGCAAAUCCUCAGUGGCGUAAUGGUACGGGAGAUGGACUGCAGAUUCUACGCUUCGGGUUCAAGUCGUACUCACGCCCUUCUAAGGUUUUGUUCCUUAAAAAUUGAAGAUACCUAGAUUCUGUACUUAGAAAUUUCAUGUAGGAAAAGGGAAAUGUCUCAGAAUGUCUUGUGAGAGGGAAAUGUCAGUUUGGAGUAUGGAGAUGAGUACUCCCAAGAAAGUCAGUGAUCCCCCCAAAAAAAUUUUGCCAUCGGGGUCCAUCGGAUAUACAUGUAUAAGAAUAUACAUGUAUACGUCACCGAAGUUAAUUGAUCGGGAAGGCCAGGAAAAACGCCAUACAGAGACCAGGCAAAAGUUCAUGUGUACUGGCUUCGCGUCUAGCGGAGGGGUUUCCUAGCGUGAGGGAUAGAAAUAAAGUUCAUAUUUGCUAUCCUCUGUCAGAAGCCCAUGUACAUUAGCAACCCAACUCAGAAAAUUUAAAUCCCAGCUUGUCUUAGCUUUCCAUUCAGUUUGCCAAGUUCUUCAGAAGAACUAGUGAGAGCCAACAAUUCAGUGGCCUCCUUAUAUCUUUGAUAAGAGUUAAUAAACGCAAUCAAAUGUUCAACCAAAUUGCAUGGAAUGCACUAACGAAGAAGAAGUAUUCGGGGAUUACAUGAUUGAAAAAUUCUUGGAACCUUGUCCCGUCGAGAAGAAUCAAAUUCAGGUUGCAAUAAAUUGUGGUUGUUUAAUGCGUUGUUAUAACAAAAAGUAGCCAAAGCUCCGUUUCUAAAAGCUGGAUGAAAUGCCCGGUCAUUCGCGUAACUAAUCAAUCUGCAGAUAGCCUGACCUACUCCAACUCGGAUAGGAACUGACUCAAUGAUAGUCAAAAUCUGAUAUAGUUUAAGAGACAGCGACGGAGGCGAAAACUUCACUUAAAAAGUCAACUUCCCGUUGGCUUCUUUGAAACUUCAGAGAGAUUACAGGGGCACCCAACGACAAUUUUCGGAAAAUUAUCUGUUCGGAAGACGAUUUGAGGUCUAGAAUUUUCGGAUCAUUUUCUGACAAAUUUGUUGCUUGCCUGCCUCUCCUAGGAUUUUCGAACUUCAAAAAAAUCGUAUUAUUGCCUAUUUUUAACGGAUUUUUACCCUAAAAAGGUCACCUAGAAUUUUCGGGAGCCUUUUUUCUGGCUGAAAUUUUCGAAAAGGUAAAUUUGAUCCGUAUAAUUUUCGGAUCACUAUACUUUCAGCUAGGAAAUCCGAACAGAUGAAAAAUUUUUAGGGGAUAAAAAUAAGCCUUUAUCUACCGACUAAAUACUAAAGUACGUUCAACAAUGCUAUGUUUAUGUGUUUUUGAACUAUACUCUCGUUGGGUGCCCCUGAGAUUAUUUAAACUCGCUCUCUUUAUCCAAGUAGGCCAACUCCUCUUGAGUUGAAUUCUUAAGAAAUAUAUCGAAGUUUAGAAAGAGAAAUUCGUAGUCGUUUGUUCACGUUCUAGAUAAAGCGUGAAAUUAGGCAACGUCUUGCAGUGACAGCAAAGAAAGAUACCGCAAAAAGGAAAACGUGCUGCAAGUGCAGAGUUUUUUUAAUCUAAACCUAUGGCUGUUUUGACGUUCUCGUUGUCGUCACCGUCGUGACAACUUAAAACUCCCUAAUAGCUGUUCCUGUUUCACGAAGUUAACAAAGUUGCAGUCCUUCUUGAGAAAACUAUCCUGCAUUGAAAACCGACCAAAACCAAUUUUAAUGCACAAAAAAAUUUAAACCACAUAUUUAAAGUGCGUUUAACUGUAAUAGUUCCAUCCCUUUUAAACUGCUGCCAGUUUCCUUUUUUAUACAAACAUUUUCCCUUGCCUGCCCCAAUGGGCUUGACUCUCAGUGAGGUGGCUCAUGUGUACCUAUGUCUACCCUGAGAGUAGAGGCUACAUUUUCGAGGUUUGAGCUGGCGCCAGAGGCUACGUUUCGCACGGCGCGCAGAUCACACCUGGAAAAUGUGGCCUCUGCUCGCAGGGUAACCUAGUUCACUUCUGAAAGAAGGUAAUAUUGGAGUGCCUCAUUUUACAUUAACAGAGAUAAUAGAGUCCUUUAGAUUCGAGGACGAGAACGACUACGAGUACGAGAUUUGACUUGAUGUUUUUUCGUGUAUUCGCAAAAUAUAGACUUCCUGGAAAGCUUUUUUUUACCAUAUUUCACUAGAAAAAUUAGCACUGUUACCUUUAAUUAGUGAAGGAGGUUACGCGCUUUCCCCAUCGCAAAAUGAUAAAACUUCUAACAUCUGAUAACGGCUACCACGUUUUCCCGCCAAAAGGACGCUGGUUCACUGGCGAGCACUACUUAGUAUUGAGACAUGUCGUACUUGUAGUCGUACUCGUCUUAGAAUCUAAAGGUCUCUAAUAUACUUCUUUGUCUUCUGUUUCAGUCUUUUGUGGCGUGUGGCCUGGUGUGUGGACUGAGCUGUCCUACAGGACAGUUUCGUUCAUCAGUUACUGGACGUUGCUGCAAUCUUUGUCCUGCGGGCCACUUUAUGAGCAAAGAAUGCCAGACGUCAGCUAAUGACACACAGUGCUCGCCUUGCCGUUCAGGCACAUACAAUGCCAAAGAAAAUAAAGAUACGUCAUGUCGUAACUGUAGAACAUCCUGUCGAGAUCAGAAGGAAACAAUGGUGAAAAAUUGCUCUUCAAUUAGUGAUGUUCAAUGCGAUUGUUCAGAUGACUAUUAUCGGGAUUGGCACUCACUUCAAUGUAAAAAAUGCACAUCUUGUAUAAAAAAGGGCCAAGUAUUGGUAUCUCGUUGUAAAAAAUACAAGGAUGCAGUAUGUAAGACUUGCGACAAGGUAAGAAAAUAGCUGUAGGCUGCUUUUAUGUGAUCAGGUUCAUGUUGUUAAUUCUCUGUUCUCACUGUUAUGCCAUCAAAAAUAAAAAUGCAGACCAUUUAAUACAGAAAGUCUAGAACCUGGGAAAUAAAAGAAGCCUCGCCAAGGAAUCUUUGCGAUAUGUCGUAUGCAAGAUAUUAGGAAAAAAGGUUUCACCAAAAUUUAUAUAGCUUUGUAUGACAGCGCCAUGUUGGUGUCCCUUUGAGGGGCAUAAAUCUAGCGGACGGAAACCAACAGAAACAUCUGUCUAAUUUGAGUUCUCCUACAAAUGCGUGUAUUCAUUGCUUGAGGAACUCAUGA